UCCCAUCUCUCUCUCUCUCUCUCUCUCUCUCUCUCUCUCUCUCUCUCUCACUCACUCAGAGGAGACACACAAAAUGGAGUCCAGAGCGAAGCAUGGGUUUGAUGGAACUCAGGGGGCUGUGAACCAAGGGAAGAGUGAUUUGGGUCGCAAGCCGAGAUCGGUAAGCGUACACGACAUCGUCCUCCGUUUGGUCGCUCUUGCUACAACGCUCGUAGCAGCAGUCGUGAUCGGCGUUGCAAAGCAAACAAAGACGGUCAGCAUUCAGCUAUCUCCAACCGGACCGUCAAUGCCCGUCCCGGUGGUGGCCAAAACAGCUUAUUCCUCCGCGUUUGUAUACUUCCUCGUAGCCAACGUGAUCGCAUGCGUGUACUCUGCAAUCUCAUUAGCGAUAUCGACUGCAAAGAGGGCUAGCAGAAGUAAUUUGCCAUUAUUGUUUUCCAUCGUCGACAUAGCAAUGGUGGCCCUCCUCUUCUCAGGCAAUGGAGCUGCGAUGACAUUUGGAUUGUUGGGUGCGCAUGGCAACUCUCAUUUGCAAUGGAAGAAGGUGUGCAAUGUGUUCGAGAAGUUCUGUUUCGAUGUCGCAGUUGCUGGAAUUGUGUCAAUGCUUGGAUCUCUGGCCUAUGUGCUUCUAGUCCUGCUUGCUAUAGUUAGCCUUCACAAGAGAUCUCCAUAGGAUGGAGCAAAUAAAUGUUGUUACUCCAUAUAUAUUAUGAAUUCUAGAUCUCUAUUUUGGAAUAGUAUAAUGUGAUCUCAGACAAUAGACAGGCUAUCUUUAUGUCCACGUAUCGAAAAUAGAUAUCCUACAUUUAUCGAUUUCCUUUUGAGGAACAUAAAUCAUGUAACUAUUAGUAAUUUCUCUCAUAUGUAGAGUGAGAGGCAUGUUAUGAAUUGGUUUCAUUGGUCCUA